AUGUUUUCACUGAUGCUCGGUGGAGGCGUUGUUCCAACACUGUACGAUACGACGGCGAGUUUGAAGAGCAAGGGGCUGUCCGGCAGAGGGACUCCAGAUAAGAGCAAGGCUAGAAAAUCCUCUAACGAUGGUCCUUCGUCUAAAACUGUUAGAGAGUCCGGCAUCUUCAGUCUCUUGCGAGAUAUCCCAGUAUUCCAGAUGGUCUUGUGGACCUCAUCGCAACUUCAAGCUGGCGUAGCAAAGUCGCCCUGGCAGCUUCAAGCCUUGAAUACUGUGACUUGGGUCGGCACCAGUGGGCCGUUCAUCAAUUUCUGCCACUCCGCGUGGUCAGUCGUCGGUGAAACAAAUAAUUUGAUGAGCUCUUCGAAGUCCUUUCUUCCACAGCGAUACGACCCAAGUCCAUGGGGUCCAGCAGGUGCAGUGAUUGAGCAUGGGCUUGCAGGUGCGCAGACUUAUCCCACCCCUCACAAGGUCUAG